AUGACUGCUGCAACAUCCUACGUCGACCGGGCUCUGCCCAAGAUCUCCCUUCACGAUUUCGAGAACCGUAUUGACGGGAUCACGGCCGAGCUUUGCGACGCUGCCGAGAACGUCGGUUUCUUUGCGCUCAUCGACCACGGCAUUACUGAGCAGGAGGUCGACACCAUAUUCAACACGUCCGAGGCUUUCUUCGCGUUGCCCAACGAGGUCAAGGCCACCGUGCCCUGGAACAACAAGAAUGUCGGCUGGGAGAACAAGAACCAGAUCCGACCCAGCACGGGCGCCGCCGAUAAUAAGGAGUCCUACCAGAUGCAGUUUGGAGAGAAUAUGGACACGGGCGGCCGCGGCACCGCCGAUGGCAGUGUGUGGCUGGGUGACGACCAGCUGCCCGGUUUCCAGGCGCGCUGCCGCGCGUUUAUGAACCGCCUGCAGGCCGUGUCCGAGAAGCUAAUGCUCUGCUUUGCGCGCGGCCUGGGCUUCCCCGACGACUACUUUGUCCGUUUCCACGAUGCCCGCCGCCCCAACUGCCAGUCCGUGCUGCGCAUGCUGCACUAUUUUGAGACCCCCUUGCCUCCCGCCGAUGGUUCCGCACCGAACGAGGUCUACCACCGCGCCGGUGCGCACGCCGACUGGGAUUUGGUGACCUUGUUGUUCCAGCGCCAGGGCCAGUCGGGCCUUGAGAUCUGUCCCGGCCGCGAGGCCGUCACCGAGUUUGCCCUUGGCGAUACUUGGACACGCGUCGACCCAGAGCCCGGCACCAUCAUCUGCAACAUUGGCGAUCUGAUGAUGAGCUGGUCUGACGACCGCUUCAAGUCGACCUUCCACCGCGUCAAGGCGCCCUGCGAGCCGGGCGACUACUACGGCGAGCGCUUCAGCAUCGCCUUCUUCAACCAGCCGUGCUCAGAUGCCGUGAUCCAGGGCCCACUCAAAAAGUACCCGGCCGUGACAGGUGCGCAGUUUACGCAGAAUGCCAUGGACCGCCACUUUGCCGCGUUGCAGGCUAAGCUGGCCGCCGAGAAGGGCGAGUCGACAUCGACGGCGGCACCGGCGGCGCCGGCGGUUACUGCUUCGGUGCAGGCGGCUGCAUAA